GUGUGUGUGUGUGUGUGUGUGUGUGACAAUCAUUGGUACUUUUUAACUUUUUAAUAUUUUUUGACUUGACCUCCUCCAGGAACUGCAGUCCUGUAUAAUGACACUCACUUGUCAAAAAGCUAAUUUUAACCUAGUGUGUGUGUGUGUGUGUGUGUGUGUGUGUGUGUGUGUGUGUGUGUGUGUGCGUGCGUGCGUGCGUGCGUGUGACAAUCAUUGGUACUUUUUAACUUUUUCAUAUUUUUGAUUUGACCUCCUCCAGGAACUGCAGUCCUGUAUAAUGACACUCACUUGUCAAAAAGCUAAUUUUAACCUAGUGUGUGUGUGUGUGUGUGCUUGCGUGCGUGCGUGCGUGCGUGCGUGCGUGCGUGCGUGCGUGUGUGUGUGUGACAAUCAUUUGUACUUUUUAACUUUUUCAUAUUUUUGACUUGACCUCCUCCAGGAACUGCAGUCCUGUAUAAUGACACUCACUUGUCAAAAAGCUAAUUUCAACCUAGUGUGUGUGUGUGUGUGUGUGUGUGUGUGUGUGUGUGUGUGUGUGUGUGUGUGUGUGUGUGUGUGUGUGAGACAAUCAUUGGUACUUUUUAACUUUUUAAUAUUUUUGACUUGACCUCCUCCAGGAACUGCAGUCCUGUAUAAUGACACUCACUUGUCAAAAAGCUCAUUUUAACCUAGUGUGUGUGUGUGUGUGCGUACGUCUCUGUGUGUGUGUGUGUGUGUGUGUGUGUGUGUGUGUGUGUGUGUGUGUGUGUGUGUGUGUGUGUGUGUGACAAUCAUUGGUACUUUUGAACUUUUUCAUAAUUUUGACUUGACCUCCUCCAGGAACUGCAGUCCUGUAUAAUGACACUCACUUGUCAUAAAGCAACUUUUUGUCCGCUAAGGCGUCUUCGACGUCUCUUCUGAUCCCGCCGCACUGCCGUGUCGCCCUUCUGUUCGGAUGAGGGUGACAUCGCUACCAUUUAGCCAAUGAUGUUGUUAUAAAACAAAAAGUUAUGAUUGUGUUACUUGACACGCUUGAUGUGUCAUUUUCCUGUCCUGCUGUUUGAGAUGAGAAAGUGUUUUGCGGACACUCUCCUGAGCGUACAAAAGAAAGUCUGUCAUGGUUGAGGUGGAAAGAGGAAGUCCAGAAGAUUCCUAUCAGUAGUUUGCAUGCAAACAAAGGAGGCAGAUAAGCUUUGAGUCGGAGCGGCGUGACGACUAAGUCAGACGACGGCGAUGGAGAAAGUUCUUCUGGCCAUCAUGGCCGCCUCAGGUAAGUCUCAGGAACACGUCACAGGUACAAGUCUGACCGUGAUGCUUGCAGGCGUAUGUGCCGUGUCGUCGGCUACUCAGCGCCGCUUCUUCCAUUUUGUCUACGAGCCCAAGAGCUGGAAGGAGGCCCAGCUUCACUGCAGGGCGCUGCAUCAGGACCUCGCCAGCGUGGACGGCGAGGAGCACGUCAAGGCCAUCAUGGCCUGCAUGGACCCCUGCCAGAUGCCCGUCGGAGAUCAGCAGCACGCCUGGAUCGGGCGUCACGGCGACAGGCUGGACUGGACGUGGUCCGGGUCGGGGCGACGUCUCCACAAGAGCAGGGACUUCCAGGGUUGGUCGCCGGGGGAACCCAACAACUGGAUGAGCAAGGAAGAUUGUGUGGAGAUGUACAACAAUGGCCACUGGAAUGACUGGGACUGCAAAAGUCCUCGUCAUGCUGUCUGCGUGGGCCGCACAGGAGCGCAUUUCUUGCUCGAAAAGCCUCAGACCUGGACUCAGGCCCGAGCAGACUGCAAGAAGAAGUACCUGGACUUGGCUGAGGUGACCAGCAGCGAGGUAAACGAACGCAUCAAGGCGAUACUUCCUUCCGGAAAGAACGCUUGGAUCGGCCUUUCCCGGGUAACGGGACUAACCGGCAGCGGGAACAGGUCCUGCCUGGUGGUGGAUCUUAAGGACGCGGUGCAAUGGAAGGACUGGAACUGCGAUUCCAAACAUGCAUUUAUUUGCUAUGAAGACGUUGAGCUGACGUUAUCACAACUGGUUCGGGUGAGAGUGGUGUGGAAGAACUCCUCAGUGGACCUCAGUGAUGCUGCAGUGAUGGAGAGCAUCCUAAAGCAGCUGGAGGAGCGUCUGCAGCGGAACGCCACGAAACAAAACGUCAAGCUGAGCUGGGACCGCCAGUGGGAUGGAAAAGUCUUCCGUGAGAAGACCAACUGGACAUUAAACUAGCCUGCUGGUCGAAAUACUUGAAGGGUCUUCAUUCCACUUAGCGCGUCCAUGAGUUUAGAUGUCAAUUGGAGACUGGAGUUUGUCAUCUUUUGUCAUUGUAACCCUCCCAAAAAUAAACCUACGUAUUG